UCAUGUUGACGUUGUUUUUGAUGUCCUGCCCGGAGAUGUCGUCGAUUCUUUCAGCAAAUCCUGGCCUGGCCGCAAAGUCUAGUCUGAACCGGUUUUGGAGGAGGAGCGCCCGCCGGAGCCUUCCCGCACUGAUUGACGCCUUAACGCUGCGCGCCCUCAACUCGGCUCGGCCUUCUUGUGACGCUACCCCAUCUCAUUGGUCCUAAUAGCAUCACCACGCCCACACUUUUCGCGUACUGUUAACCAAGGACGCUGACUACUGCUGCUUGUGAUUGGUUGACAGCCUCCCCAUCAUAUUUAUUUUGGGACCGUCCCUGCACGAGGGGGAGCGGAGUUGUAUACAUCGAGCUGUCGGGGUUGCCUACGCUACAGUUUAGCGGCGUGCACCUUUCAGCACCAGUACAGUGUGGAUAGCAGCCCGCCGAAAACGGAGAUUAGCUCGGAAGGGGUAUCCGUCGAAUGUGCCAUCAACUUCACCGCUCGGCUUAGGCUCCGGAAGAUAUCGUGUGGUAAGCGUUUUCCGUGCCACAAGGCCGUCGCUCAGUUUUAAGGACGGGUUUAUGUGGAAAGUAAUUGCGAUCUCGGCUGUGCUGAAUGGCUGCAAAUGAAGGGAAACAAAGGUGAUAAAGAGUCUUCGUCCUAGCUGGCUAGUGGUGGCUACUCGCGCCAGCUCUCCAUUGUGUGAGCAUCCCGGUGCUAUUUUUCACAGCUGCCCAACCCCCGGCGUCCCUUACCCUCCUCCCUCCCCACCAGCGCAGCGGCUACAACUCUUUUGGACUCACUUUUAUCUGGGGUGGGGGGGAGAUCACGAGCCUUCCGUAAUGUGCUCCCGUCUUUGGUUUGUGACCGACCGACGUAUCAGCCAGGAAUACCCCCAAAUUCAGAUCCUCCGGGCAUUGAAGGAGCGUUGCGUGGAGGAGGAUGUGGAAUUCCGUUCCCUUCUCAUGGAUCAGAUUGUCCUUACCAUCAGCGAGGGACAGCUGGGCCUGCAAGUGGACCAGGAAACAGUGACAUCGUAUCCACAGGUGGUGGUGGUGCGGGUGCCCACGCCAUGGGUGCAGUCCGACAGCGACAUCACCGUUCUGCGCCACCUGGAGAAGAUGGGCUGUCGGCUGAUCAACCGUCCUCAGGCCAUACUCAACUGUGUCAACAAGUUCUGGACCUUUCAAGAGCUGGCUGGCCACGGCAUACCUCUGCCUGACACCUUCUCCUACGGUGGACAUGACAACUUCCGAAAGAUGAUUGAUGAAGCCGAGCCGCUGGGCUACCCAGUGGUGGUGAAGAACGCACGUGGACACCGAGGCAAGGCUGUGUUCUUGGCACGGGACAAACACCACCUGACAGACCUGUGCCACUUGAUCCGCCAUGACACUCCCUACUUGUUUCAGGAGUAUGUCAAAGAGUCACAUGGCCGUGACGUACGUGUGGUCCUGGUAGGCGGGCGGGUCAUCGGCUCCAUGCUGCGCUGCUCCACCGACGGACGUAUGCAGAGCAACUGCUCCCUAGGUGGCGUGGGGAUGAUGUGUCCACUCAGCGAGCAGGGCAAGCAGCUGGCCACCGAGGUAUCAAACAUCCUGGGCAUGGACGUAUGCGGCAUCGACCUCCUGCAGCUCAGCAACGGCUCCUUUGUGGUGUGCGAGGCCAACGCCAACGUGGGCUUCAUUGCCUUCGACCAGGCGUGCGGCAUGGACGUGGCGGGCAUCGUCGCCGACUACGCCCUCUCCAUGCUCCCCAACCGCCUCACCCGCAAGAUGUCUCUGCUGUCGGUGGUGUCGAGCACCAGCGAGACCAGCAGCGAGCCCGAGGUGUGCCCCGUGCCCGCCGUUGGGGGCUCCUUGCCCGAGGCCGUGUGCAACAUGAGCGUGGGCUCCACUUCUAGUGAGAGCGACCCUGAGCUGGCCGAGCCCUCCCAGUCGCCCCCCUGUCAAGCCUCCGGGUCGGUCCUCCCCGACCCGGCCUACAACUUCAACACGCUGCUCGCUAAUGAGAUCAAGCUAUUAACUGAGUGAGAUGCGAACCGCCUCUACGCACCAGCACACACACACACACGGACACACACACACACACACACACACACAUACACAUUCCUUUUCUUAACACACGGGGUUGAAUCCAAACAGAAAUUCUUCCUCAUACUAACUCCCUCCAAAAGAUCUGAGGCUGCUCCCCUGACUCCCCGUCAGUCCUAAGGGCUAAUUCAAGUAUUCUCUCUGCUUCCGCUUGGUUAUAACACCCCAAUGGGCUUAGCGUUUGGGUUCACCUAAGCCCUGCAGGUUCCUUCUUCGAUGCGCUUUAGAUAUGGUGAAAUGCAGAAUCUAGUUUUUCCAAGUGUUUUGGGGUGAAAAGGUACAGCGCACCAGACAUAACAUGGGAAGAUAAAAAGAAGAAAAAAUAUCAAUUUUAGCAACAUGCUGCAUUCAUUUGCGUAAUUAUAUGACAAAAUAUUUUUAAGAAUUAAAAGCAAACAAGAGUUGCUGGUUAUUAAAUGUAUUACAUGUGUGCAAAUGGCUGCAUACAUGAUUUGCAGGUCAAAGUUUGGUGUGACGAACCAGUCAGAGGACGGAAAAAUGCUAACAUUACUGUGGGCCAGUCAAGUGGUCCUGUGAGACACAAUUGAAAUGUAAUCGGUUCAAGAAACAGUCUCUUUGCUAAUAUAAUUCGAGUUAUAUCAGCGAGAAGUAUAGAUUCUGAAGGCGGAUAAGGUUGACAUGGCAGCACACAGAGGCUGAAAUCUGAUUGGACAAAAAAUGUCUGUACUAUACAUACAGUAUUGGGAGCAGUGUAGGUCCGAUCCUCUAGUAGUGUUUGAGCCAGCAGAGAGGGCCUUGCUGUGCCCUGAAACUAAAUU